UCGAAUUUUUUUUUCUUUUUUUUUUGUUGAACGUUGAUAAUGAUAAGAACAAUUUUUUUCAACUAUUCAACUCUAAAAAAAUCUGUAAAUUGUAUAAUAUUUAUACAUUAUUAAUACUCUAACUCGCAGCAGAAGCCUUACCGUUUAAUUUCCUUUCAAACUUAGAAAUGGGCGACAGUAAAGCAUCUGCGUUACCUUUCGGCCCACAACCCGGCGUUACAUAUCCUAUCAAAGUUACAUAUUGCGGUAACUGUAGCUUACCUUUAGAAUACUGCGAAUAUUACCCAGAAUACGAUAAAUGUAAGGCAUGGUUGCAACAGAAUUUACCAACGGAAUUCGAGAGACUAGUCACCGUUUCAGGCGGUUCAGUAGACGAUGAAAAUAGCGAAGAGAAGAAACGACAGAAACGAGGAGGAAAAGGUAUGAUAAAAACGAAGAAAAAAGAAAGCCCGAAACAAGUCUGCGUCUCGAGAGCGACCAGAGGAAAGAAGAAAUCGGUGACGGUGGUGACCGGAUUAAGUUCGUUCGGAAUCGAUCUAAAAGUAGCGGCUAAAUUUUUCGGUACUAAAUUCGCCUGCGGGUCUUCGGUCGUCGGCGAAGAUGAAAUUGUUAUACAGGGUGACGUUAAAGACGAUUUAUUUGAAAUUAUACCCGAGAAAUGGCCCGAAAUAGACGAAGAUUUUAUCGAAGAUUUAGGUGAUCUCAAAAGAUAAUAAAAAUACCAUUUGUGUGAUAUGUUUUUCUUUUUAUUACGUCUUACUGAAUCAUUUAAACGAACGCGUGUGUUUUUUUUUUGAUAUUUUUGUAAAAAAAAAUGAUCAACAUUGUGAACUACAGUUUUGUUGAGUUGUACAAGUUUUAAAACUUAUUUAUGUUUUUUUUUUUCAAUAAAUUUUCGGCUGAAUUGAUA